AGUGUGUGUGAUUGCAAAUGAAACAGGAGUAUUAACAAUGCUUGGCUGAGUGCUGGAGGCUGAUUCCUGCACCCUGACUAAUAUAAUACUGUAUUAAGCCUUUUUGAGGGAGCCUCUGUGCAGUCAGCCAUUUUAGCUUUUUUUCCUCCUUUUUUUUUUUAGCUUCCCUUUCCUCAGGCUCAGGGAAUGAUUUUCUUCCUCUGAAUGGAUGCUGGAUAUGUAGGGUUUCAUCAGGCUCUGUACAUCCUGACAUGCUUAGACUUUCAGUGUUACAAAAAUGGAGACUAACGCUGUCAUUCGGGUUGCUGCUCUGCACUACAAGUGCGAGGAGGGGUUUGAGCUUACCAGUGGUGACACUUUUAGCUCCAGCUUGGCUUCACCCCCUCCGCUGCUUUUUAAUUUAAUGCUGUAGAGGGUGACUUGCCAUCCAUAAGAAAUUGGUACAUGAUGUGUAAAUUCAGUUCAGCUUAUGUUUCUUCAUUAUGAAACCACUUGCAAUCCCAGCUAACCAUGGAGUUAUGGGCCAGCAGGAGAAACACUCACUUCCUGCAGAUUUCACAAAGCUGCACCUUACUGACAGUCUCCACCCACAGGUGACCCACGUUUCAUCUAGUCACUCAGGAUGUAGCAUCACUAGUGAUUCAGGAAGCAGCAGCCUUUCUGAUAUCUACCAGGCUACAGAAAGUGAAGCAGGUGAUAUGGAUCUCAGUGGAUUGCCAGAGACAGCAGUGGAUUCUGAAGAUGAUGAUGAUGAAGAAGACAUUGAAAGGGCAUCGGAUCCUUUGAUGAGUAGGGAUAUUGUUAGAGACUGCUUGGAGAAAGACCCAAUAGACAGGACAGAUGAUGAUAUUGAACAACUACUGGAAUUCAUGCAUCAAUUGCCUGCUUUUGCCAACAUGACAAUGUCAGUGAGAAGAGAGCUCUGUGCUGUAAUGGUGUUUGCAGUUGUGGAGAGAGCAGGAACUAUUGUACUAAACGAUGGAGAAGAGCUGGAUUCCUGGUCAGUCAUUUUGAAUGGCUCUGUGGAGGUUACGUAUCCUGAUGGAAGAACAGAGAUACUGUGCAUGGGGAACAGUUUUGGUGUUUCCCCUACCAUGGAAAAGGAAUAUAUGAAAGGAGUGAUGAGAACCAAAGUGGAUGACUGCCAGUUUGUUUGUAUAGCCCAGCAAGAUUAUUGCCGCAUCCUCAAUCAAGUGGAAAAGAACAUGCAGAAGGUGGAAGAGGAAGGGGAGAUUGUGAUGGUGAAGGAGCACAGAGAGCUUGAUCGCACUGGGACAAGAAAAGGUCACAUUGUCAUCAAGGGAACAGCUGAAAGGUUAACAAUGCAUUUGGUGGAAGAGCACUCUGUGGUAGACCCAACAUUUAUAGAAGACUUCCUGUUGACGUAUCGGACCUUUCUUUCCAGCCCAAUGGAAGUGGGCAAGAAGUUGUUGGAGUGGUUCAAUGACCCCAGCCUCAGGGAUAAGGUUACACGGGUAGUACUGUUGUGGGUGAACAAUCACUUCAAUGAUUUUGAAGGAGAUCCUGCUAUGACUCGAUUUCUGGAAGAAUUUGAGAACAAUUUGGAGAGGGAGAAAAUGGGUGGACAUUUGAGGCUGUUAAAUAUUGCUUGUGCUGCUAAAGCUAAACGAAGAUUGAUAACCUUAACAAAGCCAUCUCGAGAAGCCCCUUUGCCUUUUAUCUUACUUGGAGGGUCUGAAAAGGGAUUUGGAAUCUUUGUUGACAGUGUAGAUUUUGGUAGCAAAGCUACGGAAGCAGGCUUGAAACGUGGAGACCAGAUACUGGAAGUGAAUGGUCAAAAUUUUGAAAACAUUCAGCUGACAAAAGCCAUGGAAAUCCUUAGAAAUAACACUCAUUUGUCUAUCACUGUGAAAACCAAUUUGUUUGUUUUUAAAGAACUCUUAACACGGUUGUCAGAGGAAAAAAGAAAUGGUGCUCCCCACCUGCCUAAAAUUGGUGAUAUUAAAAAGGCGAGUCGUUAUUCCAUCCCUGACCUUGCUGUUGAUGUGGAGCAGGUAAUAGGAUUAGAAAAAGUAAAUAAGAAAAGUAAAGCCAACACAGUUGGGGGAAGAAAUAAGUUAAAGAAGAUACUUGACAAGACUCGAAUCAGUAUUCUGCCUCAGAAACCAUACAAUGACAUUGGAAUUGGCCAGUCUCAGGAUGACAGCAUUGUGGGACUGAGGCAAACAAAGCACAUUCCUCCUGCUUUACCUGUCAGCGGAACCCUGUCAUCCAGUAAUCCUGAUCUACUGCAGUCUCAUCACCGCAUCUUAGACUUUAAUACUACUCCAGACUUGCCAGAUCAAGUUCUGCGGGUUUUCAAGGCAGACCAGCAAAGUCGCUACAUAAUGAUCAGUAAGGACACAACAGCAAAAGAAGUGGUCAUCCAGGCCAUCAGGGAGUUUGCUCUCACUGCGACCCCUGAUGCAUAUUCACUAUGCGAAGUAUCUGUCACACCCGAGGGUGUAAUCAAGCAAAGGAGGCUUCCUGAUCAGCUAUCCAAGCUUGCUGACAGGAUACAGCUGAGUGGCAGGUAUUACCUGAAGAACAACAUGGAAACAGAAACUCUUUGUUCGGAUGAAGAUGCUCAAGAGUUACUAAGGGAAAGUCAAAUUUCCCUACUACAGCUCAGUACUGUUGAGGUGGCUACCCAACUCUCCAUGAGAAACUUUGAGCUGUUCUGUAAUAUUGAACCCACGGAAUACAUAGAUGACUUGUUUAAACUCAAAUCAAAAACAGGUUGCACUAAUCUAAAAAGGUUUGAAGAGGUGAUAAAUCAAGAAACAUUCUGGGUGGCUUCUGAGAUUCUAAGAGAAACCAACCAGCUGAAAAGGAUGAAGAUCAUUAAGCAUUUCAUUAAGAUAGCACUACACUGCAGAGAAUGCAAGAACUUCAACUCGAUGUUUGCCAUCAUUAGUGGCCUGAAUUUGGCACCAGUUGCAAGGCUCCGAACUACUUGGGAAAAGCUUCCAAGCAAGUAUGAAAAACUGUUUCAAGAUCUACAGGACUUGUUUGAUCCAUCUAGGAAUAUGGCAAAAUAUCGUAAUGUCCUUAACAGCCAAAACCUACAGCCCCCUAUUAUCCCCCUGUUUCCUGUUAUCAAAAAAGACCUUACAUUCCUUCAUGAAGGAAAUGAUUCUAAAGUGGAGGGCUUGGUCAAUUUUGAGAAGCUGAGAAUGAUUGCAAAGGAGAUACGCCAUGUCGGUCGCAUGGCGUCUGUGAACAUGGAUCCUUCUUUAAUGUUUAGAACAAGGAAGAAGAAAUGGAGGAGUUUGGGGUCUCUCAGCCAGGGCAGUACCAAUGCAGCUGUGCUGGAUGUGGCGCAAACAGGGGGCCAUAAAAAGCGGGUCCGUCGCAGCUCCUUUCUUAACGCUAAAAAACUGUACGAAGAUGCUCAGAUGGCACGGAAGGUAAAGCAGUACCUCUCAAACUUGGAUCUGGAAAUGGAUGAAGAGAGCCUCCAGACACUGUCUCUGCAGUGUGAGCCAGCCACUAACACAUUACCGAAGAAUACAGGAGACAAGCGACCUGGAAAAUCUGAAACAUCACCAGUGGCUCCCCGGGCAGGCAUCCAGCAGAAAGUGCAGCAGCAGCAGCAACAUAAAGUAAACCAAGCGUUGCAGGUCCCUGCCGUAUCUCUUUAUCCCUCUCGCAAGAAAGUGCCAGUCAAAGACCUCCCACCAUUUGGCAUUAACUCCCCACAAGCUUUAAAGAAAAUUCUUUCAUUAUCGGAAGAAGGAAGUUUGGAUCGUCACAAGAAACAAUCUGAAGACACAGUCUCAAGUGCAUCUUCACAGCUGUCUUCUCCUCCUACUUCACCACAGAGCUCUCCAAGGAAAGGCUAUACUUUGGCUCCUAGCAGCACGGUGGAUAACUUUUCAGAUUCUGGUCACAGUGAAAUUUCUUCUAGAUCUAGUAUUGUCAGCAAUUCAUCUUUUGACUCUAUGCCAGUCUCCCUGCAUGACGAGAGGAGACAGAGGCAUUCUGUCAGCAUCGUGGAGACAAAUCUUGGUGUGGGAAGGAUUGAUAGAAGAAUCAUGAUUGAACCAGAUCAAUACAGCUUAGGCUCAUAUGCACCACUCUCAGAGACCAGAGGCCUGUAUGCUGGAGCAACUGUGCUUUCUUCUCCUAGUACAGAAGAACUGUCACAGGAUCAGGGGGACAGAGCUUCGCUUGAUGCAGCUGACAGUGGCCGUGGUAGCUGGACUUCUUGUUCGAGUGGUUCUCAUGAUAACAUACAAACAAUACAGCACCAGAGGAGCUGGGAGACUCUGCCUUUUGGACAUGCUCAUUUUGAUAGUUCAGGCGAUGGGGCAGGACUGUGGGCCUCAGGCAGCCAUAUGGACCAGCUGAUGUUCCCCGAUCAUGGCACAAAAUAUGGCAGGCAAAGUCAAGGCAGGGAGGGCCUUGAUCAAGCACAGUCCAGAGCAAGCUGGGCAUCCUCAACGGGAUACUGGGGAGAGGACUCAGAAGGUGAUACAGGUACCAUAAAGCGGAGGGGUGGGAAGGAUGUUUCAACUGAAGCUGAAACCAUUAGCAUAACAUCUGUACCAGCAGAGGAGACUAAACCGACUCCUGUGCCCACUCAUACAGCAAUGUCAUCAAGUAGUUCAAAGGGGCAUGUUGCACGAAAAGAAGGUCGAUAUCGGGAACCACCUCCAACUCCGCCUGGUUAUGUAGGAAUACCUAUUGCUGAGUUCGGAGAAGGUGGCUCCCAUCCAACCAGAAAGCCUCCAGAUUACAACAUAGCACUUCAGAGGUCUAGAAUGGUGGCACGGACAUGUGAGACUCACGGAACAUCAACUCCACAGCAGCAGUCUCACGGCCAUUCAACCAGCAGGCCCGCGAACAAACCUCAGUGGCAUAAACCAAAUGAGUCAGAUCCACGUCUUGCUCACUAUCCGUCUCAAGGGUUUUCCACAGAGGAAGAUGAAGAUGAACAAGUCUCUGCUGUCUAA